AUGGGUGCCAUGGGCGCCAAACCAACCCGCGUCCUCGCCUAUGAGGAAGCUCUUGAUCUCCUGCCGGAGAAGGAGGUGCAGCAUCUCCAAACCGCGUUUGAGGCUUUGCUUGGUCAUGGUGAUAACCUCGAUCGUGCCACGUUCUGUUAUCAUGUGAUGGCUGGCGUCCCCUCGGUCCUGCAAUCGAAAUUGUACGCAGCCUUUGGUGGCACCCCAACUGGCAUUGACUUCAAGUCUCUUGUUUGUGGCUUUGCCGUGUACACGCGGGGCUCCCCGCGCCACCGCGCACGUCUCAUGUUUGCGGCCAUGGUGGCACCAGAUGCUGAAGGCCUGGCCUUGGCUGACUUUGAAAGUGUCCUCCUCAUCACCGAACCGACUUUGCCCCCCUCCGUGGUCGACUGGUUUCGUCAACACAACACCCUGAUGAGCGAAGAGCAGUUCGUGGCCUGGGCUCAGGAGCACGCGGAAACCCUGCAAGCGACCGCUUGGAUCAUCAAGGCUCGCUCAGAAAAACUUAUUACGCCCCCGAUCCUCAAUUAUUAUGGCACUCUUCAAGACCACACCGGCAUCCCGGAGGACGACAUUCGUCACUUUGAGCGGCGUUACUACGCCCUGCGUCCCACCCAUGCACGACACAAGUUUGACCGACGCCUGUUCGUCGAUCAAUGCUGCCCUCCCCUGUCGGAGGCUUUGGCGACCCGCUGGUUUCACCUCUUGGAUUCCGAUGGCAACGGGGACCUUUCUUUUCGCGAAUUACUCCAAGGCUUUGCAAAGUGUUGCUAUGGCUCUCGUGAAUCCCGCUUGCGAGCACUGUUCGACUGGUUUGAUGUCGAUCAGAACGGGUCGUUGCAGGAGACCGAAAUUUUGGGCAUGCUCAACGCACAAAUAGAGCUGCGCCGAGCGCUGACCACCCUGCGCCCUGGUCACAGCGCUGCCCCGUCAACUACAGUCUCAAACCUGACCAGCCCGACAGCCGCUCCCAGCGCCUCGGGGGAGGGCGAUUUGCUUCAACAAACCACCCUAUUUUCCACCUCUUGUGCAAGUACUGAGGUCCAGCAGUUGCGCGCUGAUCUGGAGGCGUUUAGCACAGACACAGCAACCCUCGUGCUGGACAAGGAUGCUUUUGCGUCUUGGGCCCUGCACAAAAGGGUCCUAGAUCCUUUGCUUGCAGCCUUGGAUCAAGUCUUGAUGCUGGUGUACUGUCUGCGGCCCAAAACGCCAGUUGACGAAGGACGCGUCAUCGUUGCUGCCAUGAAACGCCACAAUGCCGUGGAUGGUGAGCCUCAGGGCCCGGGUCGCAUUGACAACGAAUCCCUUUGUCUUUCGGCCCAUCGUCGGUCAACGCGUUCUGAUUGGGGCGCCCGCUUGCGGCCCGAUGUGUCGGUGAAAAAAGACUUUGUCAUCGUCUCUGCCGAGGCUUGGACUGCGCUGUCGGCCUGGUAUGGCGGUGGACCCGUCAUUUCCCGGCCACUGGUGGCCAAUCGACAAACAGCUUCCUUGGAAGUGGAACUGUUCCCCAUCAACGUCAAAGUGAUGCAUUACGCGCCUGUCAAAGCGGGUCGUCUCGCUCUCGCCUCGGACAACGAUGAAAAGCUUUCUGUCACGCUCCUCUUCUACACGGACAUCAGCAAGAUGGAGACGCUCGAGAGCGUGACCAACACGAUUCUGCGACACAAGCGCGACAUGACCUUUGAAAGGAGCAACACCAAGGCUGCGGCCCGCCUCUGGGACUUUAAGAACCCCAAGCAUCCCAUUCUUCUGUCCGAGACAGAUUUGACGGUGGAAGAAGCGCAGAUCACGGAUGGUCACACGCUUUUACUGGAGGUGUGCAAUGCCGACCUGUCCUGGCCCUCUGAAAUGCUUGCGGUUGCGCGUUCCAACUUGAACAGCGCCGAUGACGCCCAUGACGUGGCCAUGGAUCCCUCCACCGUGGACCGCCACACUCUUCUCAAGUCGGACGGCAUCACGGGUCUCAGCAAUCUGGGUAACACCUGCUACAUGAACGCCGCACUGCAGUGCCUUAACCACACCAGUCCGCUCAAGGCCUACUUUGAGCACUACCACCACCUUGCCGAGCUGAACAUGGACAACGUCCUGGGCUACCAAGGCAUUAUUGCCAAGCGUUACGGCGACUUGAUUCUGCAACUGUCCGAGGGUCGUCGGUCCGUGGCCCCCGUUAAAUUUCGGGCUGCUGUGCAAAAGUAUGCCGAGCGCUUCAGUGGCAACCAGCAGCACGAUUCUCAGGAAUUGCUGGCUUUUGUGUUGGACGCUUUGCAUGAAGACUUAAAUCGUGUCACCGAGAAGCCGUACGUCGAGCGCAAGGACAGUGAGGGACGGCCCGACGCAGUGGUCGCCGCAGAGCACUGGCAAAAUCACGUGGCACGCAACCGCUCGAUCAUGGUUGACCUCUUCCACGGUCAGCUACGAUCGGAGAUGCGCUGCAAGGAGUGUGGGUUUGCUUCGGUCACGUUUGACCCUGCGUCAUCGUGGACGCUCCCGCUGCCUUCUGAAGGCUCAUCCACAGUGGAAACGCUGCUGCAUCGUCUCGACGGGUCGGCCCCCGUCAAAUACGCUCUGCAAAUGGAGCCGGGUUGUACAUACGGGGAGAUGCGCACGGCUUUGGCUCGUGCCUCCGGCUUGAGUGAGCUGCAAAUCAUCCUGGCAGAAACACGGCAGGGAUUGUUGUAUCGCGUCUGCGAAGAGACGGACCGCAUCCGGUCGGUCAACUCACAGAUGGUGCAUGCGUUCGAGUGCGAUGCCGAGGCCUGUCACUACGGCGUGGCAGUCUCCCGCGUUUUGCGCUCCAUCCAGCUGCCCAACCAGAAUCACCGACCCUCUUUCUCCGGGGCCAAGCCGGGCGAUGGUGCCGGAUCGCAACCGCGAACCCGGCGGAUUUCGACUUCCUCUGCCAGUGGCGGGGGAGUGGACAACGGCCAGACCGGCUCGACCAACACCGCAGGAGCUCCCAAUGCCCGUCCACGAGGGCCGUCUACCACCUCUGCCAGUGGGCGCAAUCGCCUCUCCUCCACUUCAUCCUCAUCGGGAAUGACUCGAGUUCGUCUUCCCAGCACGGGAAGUCAACCUGCGGCUGAUCGUCGUGGCAGUGUCACGUCUCAACGUCGUGGCAGUGUGUCCUCUCAGCGCCGCAAUAGCGUCACGUCCCAGCGUCGUGGCAGCAUGACUUCCCAGCGACGUAGCAGUAUGUCCGGAGUAUCUGCUGAACUGGUCGCCACGGUUCGCGAAGUUGUUGCGCGCACUCCCAUCCCUCGUGGCGCUUUCAGUGCCCUCAUGCGCCGGGUGCCAGGUCACUUGGUUGUGGUGCAGCGGCAAUGGCGCACGCUCAGCCCCCAUCUGCUCUGUUUGCCGUCGCGGCCCACCGUCAUUGGCUCCUCAGUACUCCUUCCGUACAAGUUUGGCACGACCACCCAGCGGGAGCUUUACGAGCGUGCUUGGAAGCAGCUUCAGCGGUACAUGGAUAAGGAGUUGUGUGCCAAAGUCAACGCCACUCGUGAGUAUCCGUUUGUGCUGAAGCGCAUCACCGAGUACGACAUGAGCGCCUGUUCUGAAUGCCCUUGGUACAACUACUGCGCCGGCUGCGCUAUUCCGAACGACGAACAACCCGUUGCCCUGGCUGAGCGCCAGCUUGUUGCUUUGGAUUGGGAUAGCAAGGCAUUCCACCUUUAUUACCAGUCGCAGGCCGAAUAUCAAUCGCUCAAGGACGAAAGCGUGCGCGAGUUGCGUUCACGUGCCGAAGAGCCGGUGACCAUGGCCGACUGCCUCAAGUCUUUCAUCAAAGCCGAGGAUAUGACCAAGGAUGACACUUGGUAUUGCAGCAACUGCAAGGAGCAUCGUGACGCCGUGAAGAAGCUCGACAUUUGGAGCAUCCCACCUUUUUUGGUUGUGCACCUUAAAAGGUUUCAGCAGGUCAAUGGCUUGUGGCGCAAGUCCAACAAGGUGGUGCAAGUGCCGCUGCACAACUUUGAUCCAUGGCCCUACUCGGCCCACCAUCACGCGACGCCUCCGGUGCGCAUGAUCAUCAGUUCAUCUGGCUCUGGGCCGGAGACUGAAGCGGCUGCCGACCCCGAGAGAGGCGAGGCUGAGAGCACACCUGCCGGCCGCAAACUGGUCUUGGGUGGCGGGUUGCAGCUGGGUGGGGUUACCACCACAGAUUCAACAACGGACGAUGCUGAUGCUGAUGCUGAUGCUGAUGCUGAUGCUGAUGCUGAUGCUGAUGCUGAUGUUGAGACACCAGACUCAUUGGCUGCAAUGCCAGGCAAGGUGGACCAUGUCUGUGCGCCAGCAGUGGCAGAUCACCCUGGGCUUGAGGAUCAGGGAGCUGGUGCGUCAAACGCCAUCAGCCGGGCAUCGCCAGUACCCACGGCUGGGGCUAGCUCAGGCGACGAAGCGAAGGAGGCACCUGCCCAGGCACAAGAUCGAGAAGAGAGUGGCGAUGACGGCGUAAAAGACAGCCCGAUGCCAGCCACCUACAACAAGCUAGACCCUCACAAGGACGUGUACAAAGAUGUGAAUUCUCCUCGUUUGUACGAUCUGUACGCCAUUGUGUUGCACAUGGGAAUUCUGGGGGGUGGGCACUACGUCGCGUAUGCGCGGGGCAAAAGCGGCAAAUGGUACCUGUUUGAUGAUAGUAGUUGUCGGGAGGUGCCCGAGUCAGAGGUGGAGAAGCAGAGCAAGGCUGCCUAUCUCUUGUUUUACCGAGCUCAGGGUCUACGCGAGGCCCAGCUCUUGCCUGAUACAAGCAAGGCAGUCUUGGAGGAGCUGGCCCAAGAGUACCAGGUUUCGCAAAAUUCAAUGUUUUUGGCACACUUCAAUUGCGAUGAGAAAAACAAAAGAUAUCAGAAUUCCCCUCAGGGGAGUGCCUGUUGA